CCGUCGGGCGCUUCGUGGAUCGCGGUCCCGUCAGAAAACCUAUUAUAUGCAUCGAUAUGGGGGUGUCGUUCGGCAAGAGUCCGUGUCCUCGCGCGGUCAAGCCCGGGCCGACAUAUGUGCGCGCUCUCGAUGUCGCUGUAGCGCUUGUCACAGCGGUGCUUCCCAUGCAUGUGUGUUUGCUGCUGCUGCUGCCGCUGCUGGUAUGAGCCGUGCGAGGAGGGCGGUCGCGCUGUGCCGCGCGCAGCCGUGCGUGCGGGCUGCCUACCCUCCCGGAGCACGCGGCUCGCACGGCCUCGCGCAGUACCGCCUAGCUUCAAGCGGUGGGUCGUCGCGAGGCGCCCCUGCGAGUGCGAUCGCUGCGACAGCCCUUUCUAACUCUCCGCCCGCCCCCUCCCUCUGCCCGCAGGUGGUGCACCUGAGACAGCGCCUCGACAACACCGUCACCUCGUCGAGGGACCGCGCCCUGCCCAUCGACGCCUCCCUCACCAUGAUCCACGCGCUCAUCGACUGCGACGAGUUCCAGGACAUUGCCACGCUCAGGAAUUUGGACGAGCUGCUGGAUCAUAAAACGGACCUGUCGGACAAGCUGAUGCAGAUCGGCGACUCAAUAGUGUACAAACUGGUUCAGUGGACGAAGCGCCUACCGUUCUACCUCGAGCUGCCCGUGGAGGUGCACACGCGGCUGCUGACCCACAAGUGGCACGAGCUGCUCGUGCUCACCACCUCGGCCUACCAGGCCAUCCACGGCGCGCACAAGCUCGGCUCCACCUCGAGCGACGGCACCGAGGCCGACUUCACCCAGGAGGUGUCCAACAACCUGUGCACGCUGCAGACGUGCCUCACCUCCAUGAUGGGCAGGCCCAUCACCAUGGACCAGCUCCGGCAGGACGUGGGGCCCAUGGUGGAGAAGAUCACCCACGUCACGCUCAUGUUCAGGAGGAUCAAGCUGCGCGUGGAGGAGUACGUGUGCCUCAAAGUCAUCAUCAUGCUCAACCCAUGUGAGUACCGGCCCGGGCUGCCCCCCCCCCCCCACCUUUGUCCAAUUCUUUCGACCUAG